CGUUUACAUCGGCCUCGACGACGACGCGCGCGGCGUUGAAAUACUCGCCAUUGUCCCGCGCGGCGGGGCAGAGACAUGAGUUCAUCGUCGUCGGCGCCCCCGUCAAGAUGGUCCGUUAACAGCAUGAUCGCGGGCGCGGGGGGAGGCCUCGUCGCGAGCAUCGCGACCUGUCCGCUUGACGUUAUCAAGACAAAGCUUCAGGCGCAGCGCUUCAUUCAAGGACAGCCGGGUUAUCUGGGCAUCAUAGAUACCAUCAAGUACAUUGGAAAGACAGAUGGCUUCCGCGGCUACUACAGAGGAUUGGGACCCACCAUUCUCGGCUACUUGCCCACAUGGGCAAUAUACUUCUCCGUCUACGAUGGCGUCAAGACGUACUUUGGCGAAGCUCCACUGGGCGAAGAGACGCAUGAGCGGCUAUAUCCUGCAGCGCAGCCCAAGGGCUACCAACCCGUAAUGCGGGAGCACCCAUGGUCACUACACAUUCUCUCGGCCAUGGGCGCCGGGAUGGCGAGUACGGUGUGCACUACACCGCUAUGGGUCAUCAAGACUAGAUUCAUGACUCAAGCACCAGGAGAAAUCCGUUACCGGCACACCCUCGACGCCGCACGCACCAUCUAUCGCACAGAAGGGCUUAGUGCUUUCUACCGCGGCCUCCUACCCAGUCUUCUCGGCAUCACACACGUUACCGUGCAAUUCCCGCUUUACGAGCACCUCAAAAUAGUAGCGCGCAACGGCGACGAACCCCUCACCACACAAUCCAUCCUCCUCUGUUCCGCGGCCUCCAAGAUGGUUGCAUCCAUCGUCACCUACCCACACGAAGUCAUUCGCACGCGCUUACAAACACAACGGCGACCCAUCGAGGUAGACGCCAUGUCGUCUGACGGCAUGGUGAAGCGGCAUGGUCAAUACGGCAGCCUGUGGCAGACGGUGGAGAGCUUGGUACGCAAGGAGGGAUGGUCGGGCUUGUACAAGGGCUUGUCGAUCAACUUGUUGCGGACGGUACCGAACAGUGCGGUGACGAUGUUGACAUAUGAGUUGCUGAUGAGGCAGUUGUCGCAUGGUGCACGGACAGCAUAGCACUUUCGGUAGUUUGUAUGGUUGCACGUCCAUUGUACUUACACAUAUCAUUUGUUUUCCAUCUGCAGUGUUAUCUCAGGCUUGCUCUAUCUCGGCCCAGAAGG